AUGAGCUGCCUUCGCACCGUGGAUUCUGGAUGUCCCUCCAAGGCCGCGUUACUCGCCUCGAGAAGCAGCGUCCUAAAAUCCCGCAUUAAGCGAGACUUGGCUCUGGAUCGCCACGCAAUCUACGAUCGCUCGCGUGAGCCAGACAGCAACGGUGAGAUCCUCUCCAUUUCGGAACGCCAGAUGCACAUCCUGGAGCGCGCCGCGACCGCUAACAUGAACGUGAUGACCCCAGCGCUGGUGGCCAGCAUGGAGCUGCACUUUCGCGACUUCGUUACCUAG